AUGUCUGUCAUCAUCUCCCACCUGAAUUCUUCAUCUACGAUCUCCCCCAGCAGAGGCAAAGCCCAGAGCCUCCAUGCUGUUGACGACAAUGCUCCAAGGCCCGCUCGCCGCACGGGUACCGGUAAGGAUGCGCACAAUGCGCUGGUCAGGGUCGACCACCGCGAACGCGUCGCCCCUGAUGUCUGCAGUCUCCCUGUCAAUGCCUGCGUCCUUCAGAAUGCCCUGCAUAGUGCUAAUCGAGGUUGCAAGGUCACUGUCAUCGUAGAGGAAAUGCACCGAGGCCGCAUCCGGCACGCUGUUGUUUGCCACGAUGAAGCCCAUUCGGUAAACAAAUUCAACACAUCACCAGCAAAUUCGGACGCCCUCAACCAUGUCAUCACUGAUCAUCUGGCCGAGGAGAACUUCAAAGAACUGAUCCAUCGAGCUCCAGUCACCGUUGUCGCCGGCAACAGUCGCAUUGUCGGGUUGGGUAAAGUCGAAGCCGUAUAG